GGGGACGCUCCGCGGCGCGUUCGGUGACGGAUCAUCGCGCUCUCCGGUGUCACACCGCACAAUGACGCCGUAGGAAGCGCCUUUUCGCCCGUUAUUUCAUUGUUCCUCUCGCGUCCGCUUGGUGAUGGACGCGUCCGCGGCGAAGAGGGGCGCGCCGAUGCCGGACAUCUGCCCGCUGGACCGGUACGACCCCGCCCGCGCCAAGACCCGCGCCGGUGUGCGCUGGCUGCUCGACCGGAGCCGCGGACCUGAAGAGAGUGUUUCUGUGAAGGAGGAUGGAGGCGUUUCUCCCGAUCUGGAGCGCCUCCUGCUGUCUGGUGAUCUGUACUGCAGAGUGUUUUCCUCUCACGCUCUGUCCGGCGUCACAGCGCCACCUAGAGACCUGGGCUCUCUGCUGCAGCUCCUCAGCCGGUACGACCUGAUCCCGCUCCACACGGAGCAGCAGAAGCCGGUCGAUGAGACGCAGCUGAGCCAGAAACCCAUUAACAUGGGGGCCCAUCUGGCCGUGAUUGAUUCUCUGAUGUCACUGAGUGCAAUGGAAACCGUGGGUCAGGUUAAGAUGACGAAGGAGACGGAUCAGUUUGGGUCCAGCAGGAGCUGGGAGAACUCACUGCUCUUCUGGAUCAACAAGGUGAAUCAGAAGUUGCGAGAAAGCGCUAAUGUUGAGGAUAAUCCGAAGUCAAACCCCUGCACGGACCUGCAGCCGACUCAGCCAUCUUGCCCACAGCGCUGGUACUGGAAACUGGUCCCACAUGCCAUCGCAUUUUGUUUGAAGGAGUCGGGGAAUAAGCCUCCUGUGAUCCGUUACAGGAAAGAUAAGGUUCAGUCUAAACAGACUCCAGUGUUUGUGGUGGUUUCUGGAGUAAAGGAUCUGUCUAAUGGCUGCGCCAUCGCUGCUGCGAUUCACUUCUACUGUCCUCAGAUUCUGCCCCUGGAGGAUGUGUGUUUGAAGGACACCAUGUCCGUGGCAGACAGUAUGUACAAUCUCCAGCUGAUCAGAGAGUUUUGUGAAAGUCACCUAAAGAGCUGCUGCCCCCUACAGCUGGAAGAUUUACUCUAUGCCCCGCCCACUUUACAGAUGAACAUUAUGUGCUUCCUUUCGGAGCUGUUCGCCACGUUCGAAGUGCAGAAACCAGACUUUGUCAAACCCAAACACACACUGGACCUAACAGAUGCAUCAGAUCUGGUCGACUGCACAAGUCCGAUCAGUGGCAACAGCAACAGUGGAACUCCAUCUUUCCUUCUGAAGCAGUCGCUCCUGCCUCAGUCCUCUUCUGUGUCUGAAGGACGGGGCUGGACCAAAAAGCAAAUUAGCCGUCCUCUCUCCGCUGUGGCCUUCAACAUCCCAUUCCCACUGGACAGUGAUGUUGAUGUUGUUAUGGGCAAUCCUCUCUUCCGUUCCGUCAGUACAGACAGCCUCACAAUGGUAACCAACCCAGGUCCUUACACGCCCCCAGAGGAUCUGAGUAAACUCAUUGGUCACGCUCCUCUAGGAGAGUUACCUACCAUAGAAGAAGCAUUACAGAUUUUUCAUACUUCCCGUCCAGUAAACAAUGAGCCCCGGCUGCGGCCAGAGGGAGCUCCGUCUGGCUUUUACCUCCACUCCCCUGAGGGGGGUGAAGCCAGACUGAGCAGCUCUGCUCCCUGCCGGUCGGGGAUUAUGUAUCGACCAAUUGGAGGAGGGCCUGAUAGCUGUGGGAACCGCAAACGACAACCUGUUGGUUCACAAGAAAACCAUGAAGGUUUAGAGUGCGACACACCUGAAGACUCUCCCAAAACCUCCUCCAGCCCAGCCAACGGGCCCAAGACUGGUCGCAUGACAAACUUUGCUGAAUGCAGGAAGAAGAUGCCAGAAUCCCCAAGUAAUUCCAGGUCCCAGGAAGUGGAGUCAUUGUUGAGCCCUGCAAUGAUGAGCCCCGUUGGGGCAGUGGAGGCGCAGGAGCUAGGUGCACGUCUGGAGGAGAAACGUAAAGCUAUCGAAGCUCAAAAGAGGCGGAUCGAGGCCAUCUUCACCAAGCACAGGCAGAGGCUGGGCAAGACUGCCUUCCUUCAACUCCAGAAGAAACAGGGGGAAGAACUGGAAGAUGAAGGACAAUCCCUCACUCUGGAUGAACGACUGACACGAAUGGAGCAGCAGCUCCAACAAGAGGAGGACAGAGAGAAGGAGGAUGAAAAAAAGAAAAAGGAGGAGGAGAAGAAAGAAAAUGAUGGAGAGCAGAAGAUGGAGAGCACUGGUGAUGUAGUAGCUCCACCUAAACUGGAGAAACAGGUUACCUUCUCUGUUGAAACGAAGAAAGAGGAGGGGAAAGAGCCACCAUUGGGGGAAUAUAAUGAGGCAGUAGCCAAGCUAACCUCCACCCUACAGUCCCUACAAAGGGACAUGCAGCGCCUUACAGAACAGCAGCAAAAGCUCAUGGGAAAGAAAACUCUUAGUUCUCCGAAAAACACCCCCUCAAAUAAGACACCUACCUCCAGCAAGGCCUGGGUCAUCCCGUCUGGUUCCAAAUCCCCUGCUACACCCCCUCAUCUUUCUACAGAGUCCACCCGUAUAAUUUCACCCUCUGGAUCUCCAUCACGCUCCGGACAACUUUCUGACACACCAAGAUCCCCUAAAAGUUCAGCAGCAUCUGCUCCACGCAAAUCCCGUGGUGCUGCUUCCAAGAGCCCCAAACGGCAACGUCCCUCCCGCCCCACAGACCUCGGUUUCCAGCCUCUCACACGUGUCCUUACGCCCCCACAGAACGUGGACACGCUUCCCCAUCUGCGGAGAGUCUCUCCAAGCCAGUGCCAGGUGCAGACCUGCUCCUCGCUGCGAUUCGGUGGUCCAUGCACGCCCCAGGACUCUCCACCGCAACCUGCUCCGCUUCAAGAGAGCACCUCAGAAUCUGGCUCCAGUGACCAUCACACCCCAAUCUUCAACCUGGAGCUGGAGGCUGGACCUCCUUCUGCACUCCCAGCUGAACUGUUAGGAGGUGGGAGCAGCUCAGGAGCCCCAUCAGAGUGCUCAUUUGAAAGCGACAUGCUGCUUAGCAGCGUCCUGGUGAAAGAUGAGACCGAGGGUGCAGGGACGGUGGGAGAUGACACGGAUCUGGAACAGGGCGCAGAAAUAUUCUCAUCGGAUUCCAUGAGCGACCAGACAGAGAAUGAGAGCAAGAUGGGGCUCGAUGUGUUCUUUAAGGAGGAGGGUCUUUCGGAGGAGGAGAUGGCCCAGAAAAGGGCUCUGCUGUUGGAACGACAGCAAAGACGGGCUCAAGAGAUCAAGAAACGUGCAAGACAUGAGCAAGACCCUGAGAACAGUCCACAGGCUUCUCUGGAUGACCUGCGACCUUCUCAAACUCUGCUGCUUUCACAGUCACUGCCCACUUCAUACACCCCACCCCCUCCAUCAAAAGCCACGCCCCCAGGAACGCCCCUGCGGCGAGGAGAGUUUACCAGGGCAGAGUAUGAAAGGCGUCUGCAGCUAAAGAUUAUGGCUGAUCUAGGGAAGGUUCUCAAACAGAAACCAGCAAAGCACAGCGGCAAAAAACAACAUGCACACAAACCGCACAACAACCAUGAACUUACUCACACACGCUCACCGGGGAAGAACAAAACAGUUGUCGCUAACAUGAAAGUUGGCGCAUCUCUAUCAACUGAAAAGCCAGCGAGUUGUUCAGAGUCGCCCUCAAAGGUGAUGUCAUCAGGGCAGUUGGCCAAUCAGAAUGGGGAAAAAGACUGGGAACAUGCCUUCAAUGCCUCCUCUCCAGCCUCACUCCCAGAAUACACAGGUCCUAAAUUAUUUAAGGAACCCAGUUUUAAAUCAAACAAGUUCAUCAUUCACAACGCUCUCUCACGCUGCUGCCUUGCUGGCAAAGUCAAUGAAUCCCAGAAAAACAAGAUCAUAGAGGAGAUGGAGAAGAGCUCCGCCAGUCACUUCCUGAUUCUCCUGCGUGAUGCCAACUGUCAGUUCCGUGCCAUCUACACCCUAGACGGCCAGUCGGAGGAGCUGCAUCGACUCUGCGGCGUUGGCCCGCGUGCCAUUUCCUCGUCAGCUGUGGAGGCCAUUUAUAAAUACAGCUCCGACAGGAAACAGUUCAAUACGCUCCCAUCUCGUACCCUGAGCAUGAGCGUCGACGCUUUCACUAUCCCCGCCCAUCUCUGGCACACUAAGAAACAUGGCACGCCCAAAAAAGUAGCAACACCCAAAUAGACUCCACCUACUCAAAAUAAACCACUCCUGCUGAGAUGAACUGCUCCCCCUUAAAUAAGCCACACCUACUGGAAUAAACCCCUCCCAUUUACAAACGUAGCCACACCCAAAUAGACUCCACCUACUCAAAAUAAACCAC